AGGCAAAAAAAAAAAAAAAAAAAAAAAAAGAAAAACCCAAAAAUAAGAACACAAGCCCUUGGAUGUGGCUUCAUUGUCCGAAUCAGAAUCUGUAUAUUCAUCUCCUUAAAUACCGAAACUCUCACUAUUUCUGUAUUGAAUUUCGUUUGACAUCUGCCAGGGCACGAUUUGGCUUUACUCGACUCAAUUAGGGUAUUCUUUUGUUGAUUUAAUCGAAAAAGAAGUGUCUUUUUAUUUACAAUGCGGUCGUUUGUGUCGGUUUCGAAGGCUGCUGGGCGGUUGAUUAAUGGUAGUAGACGGUUGAUAAGGUAUUCCAGGAACAAUGGAGAGUUGGGAGGGUAUGAUCAGAUUCGAUGCUUGAGUAACAUUGUGGGUAUUGGGGCAAUGCAAGUUAAUAAGGAUAUUGGAGCUCAUAAGGAUCUCAAUUCCUUGCUUGGGAGUUCUUGCAGUGGUAGUGCUGUUCAGAGGAGGGAUUUUCUUGGUUGCGGUGACGGGGAAGAGGGCAAUGUGCUUUCCAAAGUCUACGAGGAGAGGCGUGUUUUGGGGUAUUCUCCAGAGCAAUUAUUUGCCGUGGUUGCUGCUGUUGACUUGUAUGAGGAUUUUCUCCCCUGGUGCCAACGAUCGGAGAUAACACGACGAUUCCCCGAUGGGUCAUUUGAUGCUGAACUGGAGAUUGGUUUCAAAUUUCUUGUCGAAAGCUACGUUUCUCAUGUGGAUUUAAAGAAGCCAAAGUUCAUUAAGACAACUGUAUCGGAAAGUAGUCUUUUUGAGCAUUUGAUAAACUUUUGGGAAUUUAGUCCGGGACCUGAUCCAGGAACUUGCAGCCUUUAUUUUUUGGUGGAUUUUAAGUUCCAGUCACCACUCUAUCGACAGGAUGCUGCUGCUUUCGAAUCAUCUCAUGGGUUUGGCUUGGAUUUUACUGUUGGUGUAAGGUGGCAUCCAUGUUUUUUAAGGAGGUAGUCUCUCGACUUGUUGGUUCAUUUCAUGAUCGCUGUCGUCUGGUAUAUGGACCAGGAGUCCCCGUUCUUGAAAAUACUUACGAAGGAAGGGCGUAAAGUUUGCUUUGUAGUUGAAGACACAAUGUAAACUCAAGUGCCAAAUCCAUAAUUCAAAAACAUAGUUCAAAUCCAUAGAAUCAAUUUAAUGCUCCCACCACGCCGAGCCGCUGGGUUUUUAUUUUGUAUGUUGUCCAGUAUCAGUUUUGGUGGGUGUAACUGAAGGUAUAAAAAAAUGCCCACUUUGCAGACCUGAUUUUUUUUUUCUCCAAGAAAUUGCUGAAAUUGAAUUAGUUUCAGAUUCAUUAGACACAUAGUCUGGAUGGUUGAGGAAA